AUGUCCGGGCUCGCUGAAUCCAACGAGCCUGCUUACAUCUCGUCGCACUCGGCAGACGUUAUCCUGUCGGAUAUCCGCCCAUUUAAGCUCAAACCAGAUGCUCUCCGCUGCAUCAACGCUCUUCUCGACGAGUUCCUCCACAAUGUCCUCCAUGCCUCUGGCUCUCUAUCGACGGACAGACUCAGGGCGGCUUUGCUUGGGCUUCUCCCUACAUCUCUAGGAAAGGAGGCUUUGCUGGAGGCUGAAGUGGAACUCAGGGCGUAUUGGGAACGGACGGCCCCUGCAGGCAUCAUUCCACCCCUGGAAGACGACACGGCGACGUUCCAUUUACCGUGGGCCUACGAGCUCCUUCGCAACAAAUGCGAAGCAUACUCGACCUUGAACGAAGCGGACGAAGACCCCCUGGCCGAAACUCGAAUCAACGACAAAUUCAGUCGCUCAGGGGCUUCACCACCGAAAGUCCUGCUCGUCGCACCGGCGGCGCUCUACUUAACUGCUAUCUUGGAAGCUGUGUGCGAGCACAUCCUUUCGAACGUGGGUCGCGUCGCCGCUCGGGAUAGCAGUAGGACAAGCGCAACCACGAAUGAUCUCUUCACGGCUCUAUGUGAGGAUGCCUCGGUGUACGGUUACUUCAGGACGAUGAAAGUGUAUGAUCAAAUUGAGCAGCUCACAAAGGCACCUAAAUCGCGACGAAGUAAGUCUUUCACACGGAAUGAGAAGAACCCGAGUCCUCCAACUUCCAACAAAGCUCCUUCAAUCGCUCAUAAGCGCUCUGGUUCUGUGUCGCGGCAAUCCUCCGACGCAUCCUCCAUGAACGGCGGCUCCGCUCCACCCCCAAGAUCAUCAUUUGACAAGGCCCGAGCCCUCAGAAUGUUUACAAAUGGCAAAACUUCACUCGAAAAGGAAGAAAGUCAUUCUGGGCAUAAAAAGUCGGCAUCAUUGGUCAGUGAUGGAGGUAAAAACGGAUCUCUUCUCGAAAGCGACAUCCCCUCAGCAGAGGAUGCGGUAAUGGCAGCAGAGUUCGACGACUUAAUGCGCUCCUCCGCGACGAUGAAGAUGUCGCUCACUCCUGACCGGCUGAAGACGAUGGAGGUUUACAAACAAGAAAAGCAACAGCGUGGAACCCGUCGCCCUGCUCCCCUUGCUUUCAAGCCAGAACCAGAGCCUGUCCAACCUCCUUCCCGCACCCCCAGUUCGAGGCCUUCCCUUCGACACGUCGAUUCGAUCAUAGAAGACGAAGAAGAGAAUACCUCCCCGAAACAACCGGCCCAGAUUACCCGCACUCGUCAAGCCAGCGUGGCGUCUACACCAGCAGCUCCGUUCCCUGCACCUAAUGGUGUCAGGACGCGGUCUAUUUCGACUUCUGGCGCUGUCGUAAAUCAGCAGUCUAGGAAGUUGGUGCGCUCACCACCGGGAGCCGUGCCGUCGGCGUUCCCUUCGAAAGCUUCGACCCUCACCACCAGUACCUCUGCCUCCAACCUCAAUACAGCAUACAACAGAUCUGCACCAAUUCACAAGCCAGCCAACGGCAUGCCAGCGCGUACGCGCGUCAGACAAAGGAACAGAGAAUCGUUAGACCUCGACGAUGUGAUGGGCGGGUCUGAUGACGAGACCAUCCCAGAACACAGCCUGCAAGCUCGAGCGCCAACCUCACCAAAGCGGACACCCAAAGUGUCAUCCACGACGCGGGAACUGAUCGACUUCCUGGCGGAAGGGCCGCCAGACUCUCGACCUCCCGGUCCCGUGUCGCGAGAGGGUAGGCAGCUGGCCGACUUCCUGGCCGAAGGCCCGCCCAACUAUGGAGGCAGUGUCGUUUCAUUGGAAAAUAAGCCUAAAACUGGUCGACUCCAGCGCAUGAUCUCCAAGCUGAAUAUUGGAGAGAAGGGCAAAGUCCCUGACAGUCCGGCCAAAACACAAACGAGAUCGUCCACCAGUGGCUUCAGUGGGCAGGUUUCACCUCCCCCCAACCCCCUCGCUUCGCUGGCGAAUCGUCCCAUCCCCCCUCGACCUCCUCGACCUCCCCAACCCAUUUCACCUCCAUCGUCACCGUCACAGGUCUCCUUGUCGCAGUCACAGGAGAACUCGAUGAAACCUCCCUCGCGCAAACCUUCGGGGUCCAUUUCACAAGAGAAUCGUCCCAUUGGCGAAAAGAUUUCCUCCGCUCCACCACCUGUUGCGACGACAACAUACACUGCGCCACAACCCCUCAAGGAUGUUUCGUCACCCUCAAGGUCGAAUGCCACGCAUAUCAACGGAAGUGGCCCUGCCGUUCCGAGGUCCGAUUAUACCAAAGAGGCGCCGGCUCCCGAUACCCAUGUCGCACCCAAGCCAGCACCCACGAUCCAUCGCAAACCUGCCCCCCCUGUCUCCUCGAUUUCCAAUCCCGCUUCAUCUUCUCUUCCGCCGCAAGUUGAGGCAAAAACUCAGGGACCGUCCAUCUCUGAGAAUGAUGCUCGUGACAUGCACCGACUUAUUUCGAAUGCGACGACUAUUGACGAGUGUCGCUUGAUUGUGGAUAUGUUCCUCACGCGUGCUGGAAUUUCCAGGGCGGCGGAUGCCAAGCCAGCGGACACAGAGGCACCGUACCCAUCACCUCCACCGUCCAUGAGCAAAUGCCCACAAGCCGCAGCCACAGGUUCGACGAUAAGCGACAGGUCUGUUGAGAAUAGCGUCGUCGACUUACUUCUCGGUAGCUCUAACCAGAGCGGGGCUUCCACGCCGCCCACCAGGCCUCCUCGACGCCACCCUCGCCCAUCCAAACCUGAACCUGUUCCCUCACAUAAUGUCAACGGACAUCCCCACGCCAAUCUCGCCCACGUUCACCACGAAAGAUCGAUACCCAUUGCCACUUGGAAGAGCCCCGCGGAAUUCCCCACACAUGCAACCGGUUCCGCCCUAGUGGCUUAA